GAAGUCAUGGACCAUGGGAACAUCACCGCAGAUUUCAUCCUCCUGGGCCUCUUCAACCACACUACAGCCCAUCAGAUUCUCUUUGGGGUAAUUGUAGCUGUUAUGGUCAUCUCACUCCUUGGCAAUGGCCUCAUGGUUCUCCUGAUUCACGAGGACCCCCAGCUGCACACACCCAUGUACUUCCUGCUGAGCCAGCUUUCCCUCAUGGACUUGGUGCUCAUCUCCACCAUCGUGCCCAAGAUGACAGCUGCCUACUUGACUGGAAACAAGUUCAUCUCCCCAGUGGGCUGUGGGCUGCAGAUAUUCUUCUUCCAGACAACUGGUGGUGCAGAGUGCUUUCUCUUAGGAGCCAUGUCCUAUGACCGCUAUGUGGCUGUGUGCCACCCGCUGCGGUAUGCCAACCUUAUGAGCUGGCCAUUGUGUCUGAGAAUGGCUUUGGUGUCCUGGUUCCUGGGGGCAGUGGAUGGCCUCAUGCAGGCUGCUUUUUCCUUGAGCUUUCCCUUCUGCAACAGACAUGAGAUCAAUCAUUUCUUCUGUGAGACCCCCACACUGGUGCGCUUGGCCUGCAGUGACACCUCUGCCUUUGAGUAUAUCAUGUACAUCUGCUGCGUGCUGAUGCUCCUCAUCCCCUUGUCCCUCAUCCUCAUGUCCUACAGCCUCAUCCUCACUGCUGUCCUGCACAUGUGCUCCACAGAAGCCCGCAAGAGGGUCUUUGCCACCUGUUCCUCCCAUUUGGCCGUGGUGGGACUCUAUUAUGGUGGUGCGAUUUUCAUCUACAUGAGACCCAAAUCCUACAGGUUAGUUAAACAUGAUAAGGUCGUGUCUGCAUUCUAUACCAUCUUCACCCCUAUGCUAAACCCCAUUAUCUAUAGUCUGAGGAACAAUGAGGUCAAGGGAGCCCUGAGGAAGUGUCUCAGCCACUUAAGAAAUGAUGUCAGAAGUAACUGA